AGCAGGCGAGCACCACAAGAUUAAACCUGAUAUAUUUUGGUUUAGUACUUCCGGUUGUAGAAAAAUUCACUUUUUAGUGUUAUUUAAAAGAGUCUAGGGUUUAAUAAAUCUCUCUAUAAUGUCAAAGAAUACGUCUCAAUCUCUUUUUCGAAAAGUUGAUGUUGAUAAGUACACAAAUGAGACUUAUGAGGAUGAUACGACCGCUGAUGGAGGCGUUCAACAAGGUCCUGAUCAAAACCAAGUGUUCUCUUUACUACAAUCAAAUUCUAAUUUAGAGGCACUACGUUACAUCCUGGCCAACGCCCCAGUGAUGGUUAAGAGUCAGGCUGUCAAAGAUGCUGCACUCCAGUUAGCAAUGAAAGUCUUAACCUCUUUUAAAUCUAUGGAAAUCGAACGUGCCGUAAAAUCUUUAGAGAGAACUGAAUUGGACAUGCUAAUGAAAUAUAUUUAUCGUGGUUUCGAAUACCCAGUGGAAAACAGUAGUGCACAAUUGCUUGUUUGGCACGAGAAAGUCUUCCAAGUCGGUGGAACUGGGUGUAUUCUAAGAGUUUUGACAGAUAGAAAACGCGUAUAG